GAACAAAAAAACAAAAAUCUCAGAUGCAGAACGAGCAGAUGUAUUCAAUCUCCGGAUCUCGAAACGGAAUGAAUUCGAUCUUCUCGUUUUUGUGUUCAUAUGUUUGUGUAAGAGGUCGACACUCGUUUUGUUCUAACUUUUCUGUCCUAUUUUGUCACAGAUCCAUCGACAAGAUCCUUCAGAGUAAAUUGAUUCUCCGCUAUACUCCUGAUUAUUAUCAGUUAGAUGCUUUUCCUUUUGUGCGUUUGAUUUGUAAAGAUUGUGUUUCAAAUGGAUUUAGGGUUUAGAAUGUUGGAUUUGAGGUCCUGAGAUAUUUGGGUUAUGUGUCUCUAUUGCUGAUUGCUUUAAUGUUAUCUGUUUGUAUUCUUAUGAACAGAUCUCUGUGAUAAUAAGAUUUCUUUAUCAUUUCAUUUUGCAUAAAUUUUGUGAAAUCUGUCAAUGUUUCUAUAGCCUUAGUCUGAAAAUGGAAAGUUUAGGAAGAGUGUUAUGCUUUGAUUAAUGAAGAAGAGUAAGAAAUUAUCAUGCAUAAUGAUUCAUGAAGAUGUGAAGAAGAUUGAAUAGUUAUUAUAAAGGCGUUUGUGUAAUUAUCAAGCAUAAUGAUUCGAAACAUGCAGGAUUAAAUCUGUGUGAAUCCUGAUCUUCUCAGACAAGGAUGUUGAGGCCAGUUUUGCAAGAUACUAACUGCAUCUGCUUAAAUCUCCAUGUAUGAUAAUUGAUAAGGGACGUGAUCAGAGGUGGUAACAACAACAGCGCUUGAAGUAGAGAUCAGAGGUAAGGUGGCACUGUCUUUAAUUGAUUGUUUUCUUUAUACUCCUAUAACAAUGCUUUUAUUAAAUAUAAUUAAAUAUCAUAAUGUGUAAGAACAUAUAUAUAUGGUAGACAUGAAUGAAUUGUUUAAUUAAGCUAUUUCCUUUUC